AUGAUUAAUUCAGUUGUACGAAACGAAAUGCCGUCGAAGUACAUUAUUAAAAAACCUCCGCUAUCUAAACCACAAUUACAAUGGUAUAAAAUCUUAUUAGCCCAUAGAGUUGGACUUAAGCCAAGAGAACUUAAACGUAGAAAAUCUCAAAUUUACUACUCCGAUAUUUGUGCAUUACGAUAUUCUAAAAAGAGGUCAGAAUAUACACAACAAAUAUGCCAAGAAAUUGAAAAUUUAGAAAUGAUUCAACCGACUGCAAUGCAAGCAAUGAGAUUUCAUAGAUUAUUCUCCAUUACAACAUUAUGGCCACCAUUAUUUUCUAAGAGUGACAUUCAAUGGACAAUCAAUACCUUUGAUGAUUUCAUUUCACGAAAAGAUCGCUGGCGUAUUGAAAAAGUUUUAAAUGGAGGAAAUAGUCGUCUUCGAUUUUAA